AUGCCGGAGCGUGUGCGCUGGGGCAUCCUGGGCGCUGGUGGCAUCUGCAACGAUUUCGCCUGUGGGGUGGUUACGGCGGGUGGCAACAUUACGGCCAUUGGCGCCAGCUCGUUGAGCAAGGCCAAGGCAUUGGCGGAUAAGGUGAAGGUAGAGAAAGCCCAUGGAUCUUAUCAGGAACUUGUCGAGGAUCCCAACGUGGAUGUGGUGUAUGUGGGGACCAUCCAUACCUUGCAUUUGCCACAUGCGAAGAUGGCGUUGAACGCUGGAAAGCACGUGGUCUGUGAGAAGCCCCUGGCGGUGAAUGCUGUGGAGGCGCAGGAAAUCGUGGACUUGGCCAGGUCGAAGGGUCUGUUUUUGAUGGAAGCGCUGUGGACGCGUUUCUUCCCCAUCGUCCGAAAACUUCGCGAACUUCUGAAGGGUGGAACUUUGGGGGUCCCUCGCUGCCUGCAGGCCGACUUCGGAUUUGUUGGACCCACAGAUCCAAGCCAUAGGUUGUUGGACCCAGCACAGGCAGGCGGUGCUAUGCUGGAUAUUGGCAUUUACGUAGUGCAGUUGGCCACUAUGACCUUUGGCACCAGCAUCCCAGAGAUCAAAUCCUCUGCCAUCCUUACACCACAGGGGGUGGAUGCCGAGGGAGCUUUGACAUUGACCUGGAAAGACACUGCUUCUGCCAGUUUGUUGUUCACCAUUCGCGCUUGCACUCCUGAGAACAGUGUCAUCAUGUGCGACAAAGGGUAUGUCCGCAUCCAUGGGCAGGCGCACUGCCCAGAGCGCAUGACCGUUUCCAGAGCUUCCACAGAUCGAGGGAAGUUCGUGAACGAAGAAUUCAGCUUCCCUUUGCCAAAGCUGAAACGUGGACUUAGCGUGAACUAUCCCAACUCUGAGGGGAUGGUGUAUCAAGUUGAGGCAGUGGAAAAAUGCAUCCGAGAUGGCCUAUUGGAAUGCCCAGAAUAUACCUUGGACGAGAGCCUUAGUAUCAUGAAGAUCAUGGACAUCUAUCGCCAACAAGUUGGUGUGACAUACCCCUCCGAGACCUCCAACUGCAGUGUGUCUUGA